AUGGGGGAUAUAAAGAUGGAGAGAGAUAGAGUGCCCACAAAAGUAUGCAACAUAUUUCACAGUUCGAGGCAGAUGGCGAUGGUAAAGGACAAAACAGACCCAAGGGAAAGCCCCACUGUCGACACACGCCCACUCUCCCAUUCUCAAAAGCGUGACUGUUACUUGCAGAAUCCCAGAGCGACCCAUGGUCCCCAUCACGCCCCUCUUCUUCCGCCCCCUCCUUACCCACCACUGAAUCACCCCUUCCAUUCGAAGAAGAAUUUUUGA